UUUCUUUCCUUACUCAAUAAUAUGAAGUUCUUUCAACUUGCUACUGCAGCCGUUACUUUCUUAACUGCCUUUGUUGGUGCUCAACAAAAUGGCACCAUGGAUCAAGGCUCAAAUGCAUUCAACAUGUCUUCUAUUAAUGGCACAUGGCAUGUUGCUGGUUUGACCAAGUCAUUGUUGCAUGACUUUUCUCUCUUGACUGAAUACUACAACUUCAGCAUCAAGUGUCCUCAAAUUUACAUUACUGGUAAUUCUACCAAUGUCUCUUACAUUCAACCUUCUUUCAAUUUGGAAUGGUACAACGAUACGCUUAAAUCUAACCAAACUGCCAAUGUCUCUUUCAGUGGACUCAUGACACUUGAGAACGUUACUUCUGCAACACAAGCCAAUUUCAGUGUUCUCAUGGCCAUCCCUUCUAUGAACCAAAGCUAUUCUACCAACAGCCUUGCAAGAAUGUUGGCUGCCAAUUCUCCUUACUCUUCUUCUUCCUCCUCUUCCUCCUCCUCCAAGAACUUUACUGCUGGUAAUGUAACAAAUCCCUUGCCUAAUGGUCCCGACUUCUCUGCUAUUUUCAGCUUCAAUUUGACUUCUAGUAAUGGUUCUGUUUAUGAUAUUGCCUUGUUGACUGCUUCCAACUUUACAAAUCUCAACGAAACUAAUCAAAACAGUAGUCUUUAUCGUCGUCAAUUGGCUCCUAGCGCACCUCAAAACAUGACUAAUCAAGUCUAUCGUGUCUUGCUUACCAACAACACUACUCCCUUGAAUGAAACUGCCUUUAACUCAACUAUUCAAGCCUAUGGCGACACUGCUACUAAUGUUACUUGGAUUCAAGACACUUGCAACUCAACCCAAUCUUCCUCUUCCUCUUCUUCUAGCACUCGUUCUUCCUCUUCUAGAACUCGCUCUGCUUCCGCCACUCAAACUAGUGGUACCUAUGCCACACUUUUCUAAUUCUAUUAAUAAAAACAACAUUUGCUUGGCAUAAAGCAUUUCUCUGGAUAUGUUUAGCAUGUCAUGUUUAAGAAAAAAAAAAACUUGAGACAUUUA